AGGAAAGAACUCUAGGAUGGGACUGCUGGGGGGCCCAGGUCAAAAAGGAAAGAACUCUAGGAUGGGACUGCUGGGGGGCCCAGGUCAAAGAAGAAAGAACUCUAGGAUGGGACUGCUGGGAGGCCCAGGUCAAAGAAGAAAGAACUCUAGGAUGGGACUGCUGGGGGGCCCAGGUCAAAGAGGAAAGAACUCUAGGAUGGGACUGCUGGGGGGCCCAGGUCAAAAAGGAAAGAACUCUAGGAUGGGACUGCUGGGGGCCCAGGUCAAAGAAGAAAGAACUCUAG